AUGCCGGCCCCCAAGCAAAGAAAGAUGGCCAUUGUCGGCAGUCGAGCUGUCGGCAAAUCCAGUCUGACGGUCCAGUUUGUCGACGGCCACUUUGUCGACAGCUACUACCCGACCAUUGAGAAUACGUUUAGCAAAAUGAUCCGCUACAAGAACCAGGAAUUUGCUACCGAGAUCAUUGAUACCGCCGGCCAGGUAUACCAGUUUUUUAUUUCUCCCCGCACCGCACCCCUUCUCUAG